CCGGCGCGCGGCGCCGCCGGGCCGGGCUCGGGCCACGUGCACCGCGGCAUCGGGCCCGGGGCGGCCCUGCGCUCCGUGUGACCGGACAGGAGGCUGUAACCGCUGGGCCGGGCAGCGGCCGCCCGCCAUGCCUCCCGGGCUGCCGUGAGGGCAACGCGCAGCAACAUGGGGCCGGAUCCGGGCUGGGCCGUGCUGGUGCUGCUCUUCGCCGCUUCGCUGCUCACCGUCGCGGCCUGGCUGCUCCAGUACUGGCGGUCGGCGGCUCUGCGAUCGUCGCGGCGGCGGGUGCCGGUGACGGAGGAGGCCGGGGCCCGGGCGCUGCUCGCCGCGCUGCUCUCUCUCCGGUCCCUGCGGGAGCAGUGGCAGCGGGCCUGGGUGCGAGCCCUCAACGGCCAGGCGCGCCGGCACGGGAGUUCAGUCCAGAUCACAUUUGAAGAGGGUCCUCAGUUGCCACCAGCAGCAAAUAUAAGUGGUGUGACGUGCAAGGGCCAGUCGGGCCACAGCAUGGUGCUGUGUUGUCAUCUGUCAGCUGAAGCUGUGAAAUUCCCUGUCUCUGUAACCCAGCAGUCUGCAGUUGCUGUUUCUGUGGACACGUAUCAUGUCACUUUGGCUCUGCUGCAGGCUGAGGUGGAGAUCCACUUGGAGGAGAUACAGAAUCAGGGACUCCUGGUGUCGUGGACAUUCAAGGACAGACCAGACUUGGAUCUAACAGUUCUUCCAAGACUUCAGCCUUAUGAGAACGAAGGGAAAGCGGAUCUGUCUACCAUAAAGGAUCUAAUUGAGGAUACUAUUGUCAGCACACAGCCAGCCAUGAUGGUGAAUCUGAAGGCUUGCACAGCAGCAACUGGCGCAGUAUCCAGCAGUAAGGUGACCCAAGAGUCUCCAUGCAGUGCAGUAGAAGCCCCUCUGGGUCCAAAGCUGUUGCUCCGGAAUCUACGUGUGCUGAACUUAUGCUCACAGAGGAAUGGAGGAGUUGGGGAGAUAUGCUGUGUUGCAGAGCUAGACAGUCCCCCUCAGCAGAAACGGACAAGGCCAGUGAGAGCUGAUAGUGCAGGCACUGCUGCAGAGAUGGAGUGGAAUGAAGAGCUUCUUCUCGAGUUAGGACCCAGAAGUAAGGAGCUGAAGCUACAGGUGCUAGGGAACAGUGGCAAAGGGGAAGGUGUGUUGCUGGCACAUACUACUCUUUUGCUUGAUUCUUUGGGCAAACAGCCCUCUGGGAGACAGGUCUGCUCGCUGGCCUCAGGAGCUGGGCAGCCGCUGGCAGCUGAAGCUACCAUUGUAUUGGAGCUUUUAUACCAGGAUUCUUCCGCAUCUCUGAAUGCUCAGCAUGCCACAUCUCUGCAUACCAGCAUCACCCCCACCAAGAAGGUGGAGAUGGACCGGACCAUCAUGCCCGAUGGCACCAUUGUGACUACUGUCACGACAAUUCAGUCCCGACCCAAGGUGGACUGUAAGCUGGAUUCACCUUCAAGGUCACCAUCCAAGGUGGAAGUGACAGAAAAGAAGACAACAUUGCUUUUGGAAAGCAGCUGCCCUCACAAUACCAUGCCCAGCAGCAGCCGGGACAGCCAGAUGAUGCCCAAUGGCUUGGAUCCAGUGGCUGAGACUGCAAUCAGGCAGCUAACUGAGACAAAUAAGUCUGCCAAGAAGACCCCAACAAAACGUAGCACGCUGAUCAUCUCAGGAGUUUCCAAGGUACCUCUUGCUCAAGAUGAAAUGGCACUUUCUCUGGGUUAUGCUGCAUCCAUGGAGGCCACGGGAUAUGGGGAUACUGUGGCAGUGUGUGCAUCUGACCAGGUGCAUGAUUCCACUGAAUCAUCACAGCUGCUGGAAGCGUCACCAUCAGAACAAAGAGCCAGUCAGGAGCUGGAUGAGACGACGCGAUCUGACAUCUCUGAGAGACCAUCUGUGGAAGAUGUCGAGUCUGAAACUGGCUCCACGGGAGCCCUCGAGACGAGGAGCUUGAAAGAUCACAAAGUUAGCUUUCUUCGGAGUGGUACCAAACUCAUCUUCCGGAGAAAGAGCAAGCAGAAGGAAGCUGGUCUCAGCCAGUCACACGAUGACUUGUCCAAUGUCAUCACUAGUUCUGCCACCAAGAAGAAAGCUGGCAGCUUCUCCCACCGCCUCAUCAAACGCUUCUCCUUCAAGUCUAAAUCCAAACCUAAGACUAGCGACAACACAACAACAGGUGAGAACUGAAUGAAGGAGAAACCAGCUGGAAGGAUUCAACAGAAAUUGCCUUCUAUUCUCUCGUCUUUCCACUCCACUGGUACCUGUGACCUGCAGUCCAGUUCCUUGCAUCCUUGGCUGAAGGAAGACACCCUGGUACUUGAUGCUGUUUGGCAGCAGAGGUCGUGAACCCAGGGCUGAGGCUGCUUAACUGCCUUUGCUCAGCCUUCUCUGACUGUUAGGCUCUCUCAAAAAAAACUGGCUGAUAUACUAAUCCCCACUGGGGACCCAGGAGCUUCAGCAGUGACUCUGUCUUUGCAGCUGUCCAGCUUCUCCAGGUGUUUCCUCGAAAGGGGGGGGGAUCUUUCAAGUGACAGCCUCACUUAAAAAAGUGAGAAACUGCUAAGGUAUCUGUAUUUGUCAAGAGCUAUGGGUUGUAACCUUCCUGAAUUUUGAUAGAGAGAAUGGUGUGGUCAUGAGCCAUUCACCUGUUGCUCUUGCUUGGUGCAGAGGCUUGUUGCCUGACUGAGAUGUGUGCUGCAUUGUGGGAUGGUGCGUUCCUGGCCCAAGUACUGUGAGCAGAAUGAGAUGCUGUUCCCCUAUUGGAAUGGCUUCCGGUUCAGAAGGUGCUGAGGAAGCCUGCUUUCUGUGCUCUACUGAUGAAGAAAGGUGUCCCUAAGAAGGAGGAAGUCUUAAGCAUUAGGCAAGUUUUCUGUAGAAGAUGGAGUCCUUGCAAGGUUUGGUUGCUGCUUUUGGUGCUGCUGCCUCCAGUAUUCGUGUUCUGGAGCAGGGAAGAGACCUUGCUGCAUGCAUGUACCAGCUGUCUUCUGUACAAGUGGAACCCUUGUACGUAACUGGGGCUUCCGCAGAGUUCUGCUGGAGGACGGCAGAGGCCGUCAUCUGGUCUUGCACUGUGCAUGGCCUCGCUCUCUUAUGGGUCUUGGCACUAAUGACCAAUAAUGUACUGGAGUAGGACAAGUGAGAAACGUGGCAAUACCAGCAAAAGAGCAGCAUGAUAUGAAACCUCGAGCUGUGUGGCAUCUCAAGUGAGGAGCUGACGCAUUUUCACAGAGAAAAGUAUAGAAAGAGCCUUUUUUGAUGGUGUUUGAUAUUCUGCUUCUUAACAAUAUCAUUCUCUGUGUUUAAAAUAGGGGCAUUUUUGCAGUGGGUGUUUCUUGAGGGAGAGCCGCUUGGGGGAAGAUGAACUGCUUGCACAAGAGUAAACACUGCCCUUCUCAAUGAAUGUUCUUCCAGUUUGGUGAGGUGCAUGCAUUAGGAAUAUUCCCAGAGGCCCAGUCUGGAUGAGUGUUACUGAGGAAAAGAUGUACCCUGUCAGAGUAGGUGGUUUGAACACGGAAGCUCUUUCUGUUUUGUGGGUUGUGGAGUUGAGGAAAUUGAGCAAAAGGGAGGAGAAAGCCUCAGAAAAUAGAUCACUUAGGCCAGACUGAGUUCUCUUGCUCAACAUUUCUGUUCAAGUGUAUCUUGAGAUGGGCUGUUGGUAUAUUUCAUUUACCUCAUUCAUUGUUUUUGAUCUGCUGGUUCCUCUCAAGGUUGAAUGGACCUUAUAAUUUGACUGUUCUAGCUGGCUGAGCAGGAAACUCUUCUCUGUUUUUCAAGGUCUGGAAUUUUUUUUUGCCAUUCCCCAGCUCUUUUGUGUCUUGUCUCCUUUUUUCUUGCUUUCCUUACAUGUCAGCACAGUACUGUGGCUGGGCCCACGGGGCUUUCUGUGCAACUUGAUGCAAUGCAGAUGUCACAGAGCUUGCUAUUCAGUGAGAAUAAUGAAAAUCAAUUUAUUUGAUUCACCACUUUGGGAGGUUGGCUGUCUGCAGCUAAGCCCUAGUAACCUCUGGUUUGGUGUAGGCUUCCUUCUCUGGGUCAGUGAUGUAUCACACGUUUGGUUCUGGUUUUGGUUUUUAUUCUCUCUUGCAAAGUCCCUCUGUCAUUAACGUUACUCAUAUUUUUCUUUGUUUUCCCAGGUAAGUUUGAGGGUUUUUUGAAUGAAAUGUGCUGGUUGUGCCUUGGCAGCAGAACCUCUCUAGUGGGAUCACUUGAAGCUUUGUGUUUCAGAUGGCUUUGAACUGAAGGGUUGAUGGCUCUUCCUACAGAUUUACAGUUGGACCUUCUAUAAGUCUUAUUUAAUAUUGAUGCAUUCUUUAACACUAUUAGCAGCGGGAGCUAUCUUGGCAUGGGGCAGCUUGUGGCAAGUGCCCAGGGCUCCCAGCAGCGCUUCUGGAAUGUUAAUGAAAGAACAGCUAUGAGAGAUAGUGAGCAUUGCCCUUGGUGGCAAGUUGGAUCACUCUGCAAAAUGCCAACAAGGUUUGCGUCUGUUAAACACUUAUGUCAUCUUAAACAGGAACAGUUUGUUCAGCCUCAGAGGAAGGAUGCAAUAGAAGAGCUGGAAGUAAAGCACAAACUGGAGUUCCUCACUGGCCUCAGGGAACCAAGGAGGUUUUUCUAGCUGUGUUAAAUAGGUUAUUUCUAGAAUACGGCUGUGCAUCAUAAUGAAUUUGUUCCUGCUUUGUGGGCUCCCGGAUGUGCUUGCUCCAAAGUGGAAUUACUGUUUUUGAUAUUUUACCUUUGACCUUUCAAAAGAACUACAGCAAUGUCUCAAAAGAAUCAUCUCGGAGUAUCCUGUGCUGUCAUCCAUAGAGUGAAUGGCACAUAUGAUGCAUGACAGUGAUUGUGGUUUUUAACCUCGAAUUCUUGGUGGUGUUCUUUAUCGUGGGCAGUAAAUUGGAUGUGGAACUUUGCAUCCGGGUAGGUAGCUUGCUAGUUCAGACAGGGUGCACCCCCAAACAUUAUCUCACGUGUCUGUGUUCGUUUUCUUUCUGCCACAUUUCUUCUUAAAAUUCUACAGUGCAGAACUGAUAUUGUAGCCUGUGUUUUUUCUACCAAAUGUUCUCUGUAAGUGCAUCUUAUUUUUCAGAGUAUUUAGAUAAGAUGGCAUUUCAGGGACGGUGGGGUAAGGGAGAACAGGUCAGUUGUCUGCAGUUGUUCAGUACGUUCUUGGUUUAAUGCAUUCAUCCUUAAUCUUCAUAUCUGUACGUGGCUUCCUUUCCCGAUUGCAAAGUUUUGGGUUUUUUUGUCCUUCAAGUAGUAGGUGACUGAGUUUGUGUUUCCUGGCUACAUGAGCAUGUGUGAAUCUGCUGGAUUACUGGAAGCCAGGUACAAAUCCACAAAGAGAUGUGAUUAUUGGCCUAGGAAAUGAUUCUUUUGUCACAUUCUUUUCUGAGUGAAAGGGAAGGUCACAUAGGUGUCCAGCCUCCAGAAACUAUCAACAGAGUCUCAUGGAGUUUUCUUUCAUAAAACAGCUAAAAUAGGUCUGUCUGUAUUUAAUCACUGCUUGUGCUUUUUUUUUUUUUUUUUUUUUUUUUUAAAAAAAAGUUUGAAAUCUGCCUCCACCUGUUGAGAUUAGUGUGGAUAUUCAUUCCCUCGCCUUGUUGCCACUUUAGACUCUGUAGAUUUUAUAGCAAUUUUAUGCAGUGUGUCAUCUUACUCUUUAGACUCCAAUGAUCUCCCAUUCUUAGGUUGCAGUCUCAGGGUAGCCUCAAUAUUUGCACUUAAUGAAAUUGGUCCUUGACCAAAUAAUGGUGUGGAGAAAAGGAGCGGAAAGGUGGUGAACGUGAACACAGAGUUCAGCCUGUUUAUGUGAGCCUGUGUUCCAAAUGCUACAUUUUGCUGCUGGCUACAUAGGAAAAAAGAGGGACUAUUAAAUGAAACCAAAGUAUACUUUUUUUUUUUUCCCCCCCCUUCGUGGUGUGUUGGACAAAGAGAGUUAGUAGAAUUUACCUGUGUAUUUCCACUUCUUUGAAGAAAACAGAUUUCUCUAGCUAUUUGUGACUGUAUUUCUGUCUGGAUGUGCUCUCUUCUCAUGUUUUGGCAAGGCCUUUAAGAAUCUCCCUGUUGAAAAAGCCCUUGACAUCUGCCUGCCUUUCUGUACCCUUGUAAAGUGAGAAAAACAUGCAUGAACGAAGGGGCCUGCAGAACCAUCGGUGCUUUAGCUUGUUGUAAGCUUUAAUGUGAUAGAUGUUGACUGAGGCUUGAUACUUGGAGGGAAGGUUCGGUGGCUGCCCAACUCAAGGGUAGAAGGAUUGGGUACGUCCAUGUUUGCACAUGCUUGUGAAUGGAAUGUUCUCUGAAUUUGUGAAACCGACUGCAAUGCACAGACUGGACAGACAUGGUUGGAGGGCUUGGGAGAGGCCUCAUGUGGUGUCCACAGAAUACAUCUUACUGUGAUAUAUCUCUGCAGAGGUGGAGUCGAGGACAAGUUGAACCACUGCACCUGUGAACACCUUCCAAAUGCUGAAAUAGUUGAAGGUGACUUUAGACACAGUUGGCUGAAGUGGGGGAGAAGGAGCGGAGACUGUUCAGCUGGUCAGGAAACAGUGCAGCGGAGGGGGAAACAUCAAGAAAGCUUCCAACAGCUCGUGCUGUUUCUACUCUUGAACUGGGUACAUGGAGCUGUGUGUGUUUAAACGCUUUUAUCUUUGUUGUUACUUCUUACGGCAGCUGCUCUGAGUCAUGUUUGCUGAUCCCACAGCAGGGUUGUUACUGGGUCUGUUGCGAUGCUCGGCUGCUGGUGGAUGCUAUUUGCUCCUGGGAUCCUUUGCCCUGUUUCUCCUCUCCCUGCCCCCAGUUCAUGGUGAGUGUCAUGGAAUGAACAGUGUCAUGGAAUGAACAGUGUCAUGGAAUGAACAGUGUCACUGGUGUCAGACUGACAAACAACUGAAUGUAUUGUGAUACUCACAGAUCUCUGUACACAGCAUGGCUGCUCUGUGCCAUCUUUGCUUGUAGAUACCGGACCAAUUGGCUGCUAAACCUGAAUUAGCACCGCUCCCAUUGCGUGCUUUUUGUUCUCCUGCAUCUUAACGCCUUUUGCUGGUGGUUUAUUUGAAUUCCAGGUUGUUUGGAGGGAAAAAAAACAGGAACUUGUAGUUAUUUAAGAAAUGGAAAUGACCUAAUUCCAACAAAAUGAAGUGAUUGAACCUUUGUAAAUGUUGAAGAAUUCCAUUGCUGUGUAAUGGCUGAACCUGUUAAAUUAUUAAAACACGUGGAAAUGAAGACCGGA